AUGACGCGGAAGUGCGUUCUUUCUACUUCGCAACUAAAUCAAUGGUCGCUGGACUGGGAUGGCAAUCGUGGCCGUAUUCUCGAAGCCAUCAAGACCGCCAAGGCUGCGGGCGCCAGACUGAUCCUCACCCCGGAAUUGUGUAUCCCAGGCUACGGACUCCUCGACCACUGGCUGGAGAAUGAUGUCUACGUCCACUCUUGGGAAAUCGUGGCAGACAUCAUCUCUCGCGAGGAGUGCCAAGAAAUCAUCAUUGAUCUCGGAAUUCCGGUGCAACAUCGAGGAUGCAGCUACAAUGCCCGAGCUAUCGCACUGAAUGGUCAGAUUCUCGCUGUUCGUCCCAAGCUUGAUCUCGCCAAUGAUGGCAACUUUCGCGAGAUGCGAUACUUCUCACCGUGGCCGCGGCAGCGAGUGGAGGACUACCACCUUCCUAAAUCCAUCCAAAAGCUUGCGCUUGGUCAGAAGACAUGCCGGAUCGGCGAGGUCGCAUUUGAGGCUCUGGAUGCUUCAUUCGCAUCGGAGACCUGCGAGGAACUGUGGACACCGGCCUCUCCUCACUCCCUCUACUCACUUGCUGGAAUUGAGAUCGUGCUGAACUCGAGCGGCAGUCAUCACGAAUUGCGCAAGCUUCACACCAGAAUCAAUCUCAUUCAGGAGGCCACUGCGAAGACUGGCGGCGUAUACAUGUACGCCAAUCAGCGAGGCUGCGACGGCGACCGACUAUAUUACGACGGCUGCGCUCUAAUCCUCAACUCUGGAAAAGUCCUCGCGCAGGGCUCUCAAUUCUCUCUUCGGGAUGUAGAAGUGAAGACAGCCAUUGUGGACCUUGAUGAGAUCUGGGCAUACCGCACGUCUCGAAGUAGAGCGAUGCAAGCGAACGACCCGAAAGUCCACCGACUCGAGCGGAUACAAGUCGACUUCAAUCUCUGCGAAGACUCCGAGAUUCCACAACCGACUGCCAGAUUGACCGAGGAGAUCGAAACAAUAUAUCAUUCGCCAGAAGAAGAGAUUGCAUAUGGCCCUGCGUGUUGGGUGUGGGACUACCUUCGACGUUCAAAAGCGGCCGGCUUUCUCGUGCCUCUCAGUGGAGGGAUUGACAGUUGUGCUACCGCGACGAUCAUCUUCAGCAUGUGUCGUUUGGUGGUGGCUGAGAUCAAAGAGGGCAACGAGGUCGUGAUCGAGGAUGCGCAGAGGCUCUGCGGCGGUGCAGAUCCUCGAGAAAUGACAGCACAGGAAUUUUGCGGCCAAGUCUUCAGCACCGUCUUCAUGGGUAUGAAGCAGCAGUCCUCCAAAGAGACUCGCACGCGCGCAAUCGAGCUCGCUGAAGCCAUUGGCGCUCAGCAUAUCGACACCAACAUCGACGAGAUGGUCCAAUCUCUCCACUCUGUCGUUUCUGGCAUCCUCAAAUUUGAACCCAAAUUCAAAGUCCACGGUGGCUCAGCAGCAGAGAACCUCGCACUGCAGAAUUUCCAGUCCCGCUCACGCAUGGUUCUAGCCUACGCUCUCGGACAACUGAUCCCGACCUCUCGUGGCGGCACUGGUGGCCUUCUCAUUCUCGGCUCCGCCAACGUAGACGAGUGCUUGCGCGGCUACCUGACCAAAUACGACUGCUCCUCCGCCGACAUCAAUCCCAUCGGCGGCAUCUCCAAAACCGAUCUGAAGCGAUUCAUCGCCUGGGCCGAAACCGCCUUUUCGCUCCCCAUUCUGGGCGAAUUCCUCGACGCCGUUCCCACUGCCGAGCUCGAACCGAUCACCGAGACCUAUGUGCAGUCCGACGAAGUUGACAUGGGCUUCACCUACGACGAGCUCUCCAUCCUCGGACGUCUGCGCAAGACGUUCAAACUCGGUACCGUGGGCAUGUUUGAGCGUCUGGUCGUGGACUGGAGCGGUCACAUGAAGCCGCGAGAUGUGUAUACCAAAGUGCGCAAUUUCAUGUACUACUACGCCAUCAAUCGGCACAAGAUGACAACCAUGACGCCCGGAUUGUAUCUGGAGAGCUAUACACCAGACGACAAUCGGUUCGAUCUGCGGCCGUUUCUUUAUCCGAGAUUUGCGUUUGAGCAUCGCAAGAUCGAGAACAUGCUGAAGAAGAUGGAAGAGGGCGAGGCCAGCACAGGCGUUUGAUCCGUUUAUCGUGAUGGUCAGUACCCGCCGACCAGUCAAUUUGCGAUCGCAGGCUUCGCAUCGCGGUCGCGGUCGCACAGAGCCAUUGUCGACCUGGUUUCAAAAUUGGUGUGGUCGCACGGCGAAAGUCGGCCUGCAAGGUACGCUGAAAGGUCAACGUCAAUGCGACAGUGAUGGCGAACGACUUCCAUCUGCCGUGGGCGGCAAAUGCACGACAGUGCAGUGACU